CCUAGCAGGAAACACCGAGGCUACCACCACCGCCACCAUGGAAAAGACAGAGCAGCCGAUCUAGUUUUAGUUUGGAACCAGUCCGCAGAUGUGAGAUUGCCUCUUUAAACACGCAAUCGAUUUGAUUCUGGGACUACUUGUUUUCUGCUUGGUCACAUUUGGACUUUUUGAGUAGAGAGAGAGCUCCUAUCCAACUAAAACACCGGGCAUUGGCCGGAGGUAGAAUCCUAUCCAGCGGCUGGAAGCGGUGGACAUCGGCUGAGCAACGACCGUUUGAAUCAGCUUGCAUCAGUGGGCCUGCAGGCUCCACGCCGUUGCUGACACAGGAUGAAGAGGUUCAAGCGGCAUGGCCAGGAAUCCCACAGGGAUCGACUCAAACAGGAACUCUUCCAGUUCAAUAAGACAGUGGAGCAUGGAUUCCCCCAUCAGCCCAGUGCUCUGGGCUACAGUCCUUCCCUGCAGCUGCUGGCCAUUGGCACCCGCUCUGGAGCCAUCAAACUAUACGGAGCUCCAGGUGUCGAGUUUAUGGGCCUACAUGAAGAGAAUGCUGCAGUAACACAGGUGCACUUCAUGCCCCACCAGGUUGAACUGGUGACUCUGCUGGAUGACAACAGUCUGCACAUGUGGACUUUGAAAGGUCAUAAGGGACUUUCUGAACUUCUGGAGAUAGGACGCUUCACGCUAACUGGACCACCUGGUGCCCCUCCAAGCGUGACCAGAGUGACAGCAGUGCUGGCUCACUCCUCGGGAGAGCUACUGCUGUUGGGGACAGAAGGAGGACAUGUGUUCAUAGUUGAAGUCCCAGGAUUCAGGGAGCUGGAAGAGAGGAACAUCAGCCUUGACCAAGUGGCUAGCAGCGUACCAGACGACUACAUCGGCCGCAGAAAUCUGGAACACGUAGAGGCCUUACAGGAGAACCCAGUCAAUCCAAAUCAGGUUGUUAUCGGCUAUGGACGGGGUUUGAUGGUGAUCUGGGAUCUGGAGAAACAGUGUGCCCUCCAACACAUCCCUGCCACACAGCAACUGGAGAGUGUGUGGUGGACUGAGGACGGGAGCUACAUUCUCAGUUCACACAGUGAUGGAAGCUACUGUCGAUGGAUGGUGGGCAAAGAGGAUGUGAAUGAGGAGGAGGAGGAGAAAUCAGACAUUCCUUAUGGACACUUCCCCUGCAAGGCUAUUUCAAAAAUAGUUCAGCUCCCUACAGGAGAGGGGUCUCAUUUCCUGCUGUUCAGUGGUGGAAUGCCCAGGGCCAGCUACGGUGACAGACACUGUAUCACAGUGAUCCACGGUAAAACACACGUGGCUCUAGACUUCACCUCCAGGAUCAUUGAUUUCUUCGUCAUCAGAGAAGGACCACAGCACACAGGAGAUCCCAGUGCGCUAGUGGUCCUGGUGGAGGAAGAGCUGGUAGUGAUUGACCUGCAGACAGAGGGCUGGCCUGUUAUUCAAACGCCCUACCUGGUUCCCCUCCACAGCUCGGCCAUCACCUGCUCCCACCAUGUGUCUGCAAUCCCCCUCAAACUAUGGGAGAGAAUCAUUACCACUGGAGAGCUGCAGAAUACACACUACUCUAAAAAGCCAUGGCCAAUUACAGGAGGUCAGAACCUGGCUCCAGAUCCACCACAGAGAGACCUUCUUCUCACAGGGCACGAGGAUGGAACUGUGCGUUUCUGGGAUGCAUCAGGAGUGUGUCUGUAUCCCAUGUACAAGCUGAGCACAGCUGCAGUGUUCCACACAGACGCUGAUCCCAAUGACAACAUGAACCAAGGUGCAGAAGGAGAGUGGCCACCAUUCAGAAAGGUUGGCUGUUUUGACCCGUACAGUGAUGACCCAAGGCUCGGCAUUCAGAAGAUCCAUCUUUGUAAAUACAGCGGCUAUCUGACAGUAGCUGGCACUGCGGGACAGAUCCUGGUGCUGGAGCUUAAUGAUGAGGCAGCAGAGCAGACAGUGGAAGCUAAAGUUGUAGACUUACUACAGGGCCAAGAGGGAUUCCGCUGGAAGGGUCACACUCGGCUGGAUGUGCGUGAGGAGCCGGUGCUGUUUCCUGCAGGCUUCCAGCCCUUCACUGUGGUCCAGUGCCAGCCCCCUGCAGUGGUCACCGCUCUCACUCUGCAUUCAGAGUGGAAGCUGGUAGCCUUUGGCACCAGCCACGGCUUCGGAUUGUACGAUUACCAACAGAAGAACAACGUUCUCAUCAAGUGCACGCUAAACCCCAGUGACCAGCUGGCUAUGGAGGGGCCUCUGUCUAGAGUGAAGAGCAUAAAGAAAUCCCUCCGACAGUCCUUCAGAAGAAUCAGACGGAGCAGAGUCUCUUUAAGAAAACAUCAUGUCAACAAUGCUGCCAAGGUCCAGGAGGCCAACGCUCGUCUGGAGGCUGAACUGGCAGAAAUGGAGCUGGCUCCCGUACAGAGAAAGAUUGAGGCCCGUUCCUCAGACGACUCAUUCACUGGCCUCGUACGGACGCUCUACUUUGCUGACACCUUCAUCUCAGACAGUUCACACAACACACCCUCCCUAUGGGCAGGGACCAAUGGUGGCUGUGUGUUUGCGUAUAUGCUCCGCCUUCCUCCUGCAGAGCACAGGGCAGAUGAACCCAUCACUGCACAACCAGCUAAAGAGAUCCAGCUGAUGCACCGAGCUCCAGUUGUUGGUAUAGCGGUGUUGGAUGGUCACGGGGCUCCUCUCCCUGAGCCCUUGGAGGUGGCCCACGACCUGGCUCGCUCCCCUGACAUGCAGGGCUCACACCACGUCGUAGUUAUAUCAGAGGAGCAGUUUAAAGUUUUCACGUUGCCGAAGGUGAGUGCUAAGAUGAAGUUGAAGCUAACGGCAGUAGAUGGCUCCCGGGUGCGGCGGGUUGGUGUGGCCUGGUUUGGCAGCAAUCGGACGGAGGACUACGGGGAGAGUGGCUUGGUGGUGCUGACCAACCAGGGUGAUGUCCAUGUGGUGUCACUGCCGCAUGUCAAGAUGCAGGUUCAGUACCCCUGCAUCCGCAGAGAGGACGUCAGUGGCAUCGCCUCCUGCGUCUUCACCAAGCAUGGCCAGGGCUUCUAUCUGAUGUCUCCAUCCGAGUUUGAACGGUUCUCUAUGUCAACACGCUGUGUUGUGGAGCCUCGCUGCCUAGUUGAAGCUCCUCUUCAUUCAGGUUCCCCCAAUCAACACCGGUCACAGCCCGACGGAGCUUUAUCUGCUCAUAGGACCAGAGAAGACAGUGAGGAUGCAGAAAGUGCAGCUAGACGUGUUAUGGAGCAUGCUUUGCUGAAUGACGAGAGUGUACUUCAGGAAAUCCAGAAGUCAUUAGAAGGAGGUCAGACGGCAUUCCUGGAGAAUAAUGUGAAGAGUGCUGUAGCUUGAAGGGCGUCAAUACACAGUUGAGAGAACUGACAUGAUAUGCAUGAAGCAUAGUGCAGUCCUGCAGCAACACUUUCCUCUUGCUCAGCUGAGACAACCACUACUGACCACCCCAACCUGAGCAUACUGGUGCUGUGUGAGCACCUCAAGGCUGUUUGAAGACUCACUGAUGGUGGAGAAGCUGAAAGGAAAGACACCUCCUGUGCCUAUGGACUACAUAAUGUUGCCACAGUUUGGUCACACAACCAUUUAACCCAAAGCUAUAUGAAGCACAUUCCUGAUAUGUGACCAAGACAUCAUCCAUCAAACCAGCACCAUACGGCUGCCAUAGGUGCCACCAGUGGAAACUGUCUGACUUAAAUACCUACGUCAUUCUGGGAGCCUUUAUCACCAUGAGCCUGGGGACGCUUUCUCCAAUCACUACAUUCAGCUGUGUGUCUCUCUGGCCUUCAUCUCCUUAUAUGGACAUAAAGCUGGAAGAAAUGCGAGAAUGAUUUGAAUACUGUUGAUGAAAAUAUUUUGUUGCUUAAAUUUGAUGUGAUUUGUGCCUGUUUUUCUAAGAUUAUUUGAAAUCUCAGAUUUAUUGUACGGAUGCCCAUUUGUGCCAGAAAAAAAAAAAAUAGAAUAAGAGCCAUUACUAAUGUUGACUAAAAGUACAUGAUGCCAAGAUUUAAAAAUAUCACUAAAAUGUCUGGCAUUGUACCUAUGAUUCACCAAGCCAACAAGGUUUUUUAUAAGAUACUUAUUAUACACAAUAAUCCUGUUUCCCAAGAUUUGAUUAGUGUCAUAAUGUUAUUAUCUUUCAAUGGUUUUUAUUUUCUAUUUUUUGCAUACAAAUCUUUUUUUUAAUUAUGCUACAUUUAUUGGUGUAACCGUAAGUGAUAACUUUCAUACCCUCUUAAAACCUAAAAAGUUGGCACAGUUUUUACUUCAAUGUUGUCUUUUCCUUUCACUUUGACAAAAAUGGGCCUCCGUGCUAUUCUGAUGAACAAUCAAGGGAAAACGAUUCAAUGCUCCAGAUGGGGGGUAAAAAGCUGCAUGUUCAACCACACUGAUUAGUUUUUUUUUUUUUUUUCCUUUUAAUUUUUAUUUUAGGUCAAAUUAGUGAUGGCAUUACACACUGUAUACAGCUAACACAGCCUUGCCCUCACCGUCCACUUUAAGGUAAACCGGCCAUAGGUACUAGUGCACUACAGCGGAGCUCACAAUGCUGUACUUUUUUGGGGGAAGCAGCUUUCUAUGGGGUUUGGUUUUUAAUUAUUUUUAUGUAAAACCCUUUUUUAUGCCAGAAAUGAAAAAUGUAAUUUAGGAAUGUAACUGUAAGCUAUUGUAGUGAAAUGUUUUUAAUAUAUAUAUAAAUAUAGUAUGUAUGCGACUGUGUACCUGUGGGCCUGUUAUAACUGGGGUUGGCUGCUAUUUAGAUCUCACAAGAAAAUAUUUUGGUACUGUGUCUCAGAAAUCUGGGUAUUUUAGCAUCAGUGUAGAAUAUAUUUUUGUAGGAACUGAUAAAGAACCCUAAUUUUGUUUGAUUUGUAAGUAACACACUACAGUUUUUUGGCAGGUAAUUAUUACAUGUUUUCCCAAGAA